AUGUUGGUAGUGGUGAGUGGCAGGCGGCGAGGAGUGGGAUGUGUCUUGUUAGAUAUGGCUGGAGCGUUUGUGGGUCGGGUGAGUGAGGUAGAGUGGGUGGAGAAGUAUUGGUUGCCGCUGAGUGCGGAGCAAUUUGCAGUGGUAAAGGAGAAGAUAUCAUUGGAGCCGUGGAGGCAUGGUCGUCGAUGGCGAACAUGGGCAAGAAGAUCGCGGUUCGAUUCUUCGCGAUGGACAUUAAUAGACGACGACGAAGGAGGCAGCACACCACUGUAUAUUCCGACGCUUCCGAAUCUGACUGCCUUUGGUAGUCGUUUCGCCAGGAACGAGUGGGCUAGAAACGACCCACGUGAGAUGGCCAAGUCGGACAACGCGGAUGCAUACGCUGCAUACUGCAAGGUGCGGAGCGUCCUGUCAGAGGAUGAGUGGGAGAGGCUGCGACGCGUGGAUCGGGCUUCCUUCAGUGCGUGUGAGUUAGGGUAUGUCGAAGUUGGUGCAGUACUGUGUGCAUGUAUAGAUGAACCGUGUGGUACGGUUGAUCCUGAAGUGCGGAUGGAGGUGGAGAAGGAAUUGGGACAGGGAACCAGUCGUCGGAUCCGGAGAUGGCUGGCAGGUUGUUUAUUACAGUAUGCUGGUGUCUCGGUGACGGACUUGGCAGAAUUUUGCGCUCGAGUUUUAAAGUUCAAUCCUUACACCAGUAAAACCUCUAUUCGUGAUCACCGGCGUCGUGGACUGCGAGAUAAGGAGGCUCAAGUCCAAGCGGCGCUCUGUUCCCGAGAACUUGAGUGUCUACGUUCAGGGCCUGUGAGGUUCUCCGAAUAUGCCUUACGCUUAGAGUCAAGCGAUGAAACAAGAUUAAAAGUUUGGAAACGACGACUGGCCGAUCUACCCACUGUCUCUGCAGCUGCAUACGGCUCUCUACACCAAGCAGACCUGGACGAAAUGCUUAGACGAAUAACCCCUUCCACUUCACCUAUCGAACAAGAACGGGUUUGGGUCCGUCGCUAUUGGGAAUUACUAACUCCCGAAGAACACGCACGCCUUAACGCCUUCGUCGAACCCGUUCCUCAUCGGAGACGAGCCUGCUGGAUCCGAGACGCGCCCCGUGCCGGUCUCGACGACACGACACCGGUCGGAACCGAUGCUGCUGGAACGUCGUUGGAAACGGCAAGCUGGACGAUGAUGACUGAUUUAAGGAAACCCGGUUCGGAUCGCCCUUUGUAUAUUCCAGAGCUGGGUGCGAUGAAGCCAAUCGCUCGGUCGGUGGGAUACUUCCCAAACGACUACCAGGCGUACUACGCCUUGCACCACCUCCUCGGAAGAGAUAAUUGGGCCAAACUGCGGACCAUCAAGCCCUUACAUUUCAAAUCGUGUAAGGAGGGCUACCUCAGGCUGGCUGCAGAGUUCCACCGAUGUUUCUUCGCCCCCUUCGGCAUAGUCGGCGCCCCCCUUACCUGUUCCAUCGCCCAAAUAGCGGACCUCCCCUUCCAGUCACCGAGCCUUCUAGACUGGGUGAGCGGUUGUUUUUUACAGUACUGCGACAUGCCCUUCGACGAUCUCGUCAGCUUCUGCUACACCCACUUACGCAUGACUCUACUGGAUCCACCACAGAACUUGUCCCCGCAAAGCUCUUCUUCAGAGUCAGUCCAAAGGUCGCUGGCUGAUCGGCUGAAAGCCACGGCCGAGGCGCUGUCCUGCUUGCAGGUCCUGUCGCUCGACGACCUCAAACGAGUGACCACGUUCGGCAAACUCAAGCGUCCGCAUAAAGGAGGGAACAAGUCUGCCGACAUGCGCAAACGGCGUCACGUAGACUGUACGAACUACAGUUGGAAUCACGCAGACGGUGGUUCGAAUCUCGGGAAUUCUCCUCCAGCUCGCUCCGAGUAUCCCCCUCAUGCAGAUCACUCCGAGUAUCCCCCUCAUGCAGAUCACACCAAGCAUGCGGAUGACUCUGCGUAUGCCCCCCAUGCAGAUCAUCCUGGGUGUGCCCCUCAUGCAGAUCACUCUGGGUACGCUCGAGAGCCAUGGCUGCUGGAACCCCAAGUUCCUACCGGGUGGAGACAGUGGCUGCACACACCUCAAGUCCAAGAGCUGGCAGACUCGCCACUGGUAAGGUAUGUUUGGCACAAUUACUGGCCACAACUGUCCCUCUGCAUGGCCAUGAUAGAAAAUGAGGAAUGA